UGCCUGAGUGGUUGGAGCGAGAGCUAAGAUGGCAGCGAUUUUCAGGCGAAGCUGCAGGGUUCUGAGAAGUAUUCCUCGUUUUGACUGGAGGUUACAACAUACAAAAGCUGCUCAACAAUGUGAACCAGGAUUAGGAUUCAGUUUUGAACUCAAUGAACAACAGAAAGAAUUUCAAGCUACUGCUCGUAAAUUUGCCCGGGAGGAAAUAAUCCCUGUUGCUCCGGAUUAUGAUAAAAGUGGCGAGUUCCCUGUCCCCCUAAUUAAAAGAGCCUGGGAACUUGGGUUGAUGAAUACACACAUUCCAGAGAGUUGUGGAGGCCUUGGACUUGCAAUUUUUGAUAGUUGUUUAAUUACUGAAGAAUUGGCCUAUGGAUGUACUGGGGUUCAGACUGCUAUUGAAGCAAAUUCUUUGGGGCAAAUGCCUAUUAUUAUUGCUGGAAAUGAUAAACAACAAAAGAAGUAUUUGGGAAGGAUGACUGAGGAGCCACUAAUGUGUUCCUACUGUGUAACAGAACCUGGAGCAGGCUCUGAUGUAGCUGCUAUAAAGACCAAAGCAGAAAAGAAGGGAGAUGAGUAUAUUAUUAAUGGUCAGAAGAUGUGGAUAACCAAUGGUGGAAAAGCUAAUUGGUAUUUUUUAUUGGCCCGUUCUGAUCCAAAUCCUAAGACUCCUGCUAGUAAAGCGUUUACUGGAUUUAUCGUGGAAGCUGAUACUCCAGGAAUCCAUGUUGGAAGAAAGGAAUUAAAUAUGGGCCAGCGAUGUUCAGAUACAAGAGGGAUUGUCUUUGAAGAUGUGAAAGUGCCUAAAGAAAAUGUUUUAAUUGGUGAAGGAGCAGGUUUCAAAAUUGCAAUGGGAGCUUUUGAUAAAACCAGACCUCCAGUUGCAGCUGGUGCUGUUGGACUAGCACAAAGAGCUUUGGAUGAAGCUACCAAGUAUGCCCUGGAGAGGAAAACUUUUGGAAAACUGCUUGUUGAGCACCAAGCAAUAUCUUUUUUGCUGGCUGAAAUGGCAAUGAAAGUUGAACUAGCUAGGUUGAGUUACCAGAGGGCAGCUUGGGAGGUUGAUCGUGGACGUCGAAAUACCUAUUAUGCUUCUAUUGCAAAGGCAUUUGCUGGAGAUGUUGCAAAUCAGUUGGCUACUGAUGCUGUGCAGAUUUUCGGAGGCAAUGGAUUUAAUACUGAGUAUCCUGUAGAAAAACUAAUGAGGGAUGCCAAGAUCUAUCAGAUUUAUGAAGGUACUGCACAAAUUCAAAGACUUAUUAUAGCCCGUGAACACAUUGGAAAGUAUAACAAUUAA